GUCAAUGGUGUUUAUCCAAUCGAAAAAUUACAUUUGAUAAUAUUAUUUGCUUCGUGUUCGUUUAAUUUGGGUGAAAAAUACAUAAAGCAUGCGAAUAAGUAAUUAUAAUAGACAAAAUGAACGAGAAAAUACUACAGUGAACACAAACAGUUACAUAAAAUGCUAGAACUUUGCAGUCUUUACAAAUACAUUAUUCACCAUUAUUGUCGUCAUAUUCAUAUAUAUAUAUAGAACAAUACAGAUACUUACUAUCCUAAAGUGAAAGAAAAAAGUUUUCAUUUUUAUACAAAUAUUUAUAGUACGAACGAAUUGUUUAUAAUUCUUAGAAAGUUAACUAAUAAUAAGUAUUAAGUGUCAAGUUUUGAAAAAAUCAGUGUACUACGAAGACAAAAAUUCUUUCAAAUACAUUGCUUAGAUAUAUGUAGAUAAAUAUAAGUAAAUUCAUAAAUAUAGUUUAUAAAAUGAAUCACAAAACGAUUUACAUAUCUACGACUUUAUUAGUUAUAGUAUUUAUAACUAAUUUGGAUUUCAUACAAGCCAUAGAUGAACAGAAAUUAGAUAAAUCUGCACCUGUGUCAAUUGCUUCAACAAUCACAACUAAUAAGCAAGGCUCACUUAUUACACCAAGUCAACAAACAAAUACAUUGACUACUACUUCAGCCAGCUCAGGGAGCUCUACAAUAGCCAAAGACGAAAUUUACAUUGAUGAUGAUGGUACAGAUGGUUCUGGUGACCGAAGAGGAAAUGUUCAUGGUGAUCUAGAAAAGGAUGAUGAAGACGAUUAUUCAGGAUCAGGUUAUGGUGACGAUGAUGAAGAUACUAGCAGGCAUUCAAUAAAUCGUAAUACAAAUUAUAACAAAGGACAUACUGGUGAUUCGGACUCAAAACAAGACAUCUCAAGUUCAGGUGAUGGUCCAACAUUUGAAGACAAUGAUGACGAAAAUGAUGAUGAUCUGUGGACGGAUACAUCAAAACCAGAACUACCCGAAACUCCUCACAUACAAGAAGAACAUAUUCCUGACUACAAUAAGCCUGAUAUAAACAAGGAUUUCGGCAUAAGCGAAGAAGAUACCAUUCCGAAACAUACAAACUCUGAACAAGAUAUUAUUAAUCAUAAUAACAAUAAUAAUCCAUUUAAAGAAACAGACGUUAUAAUGAAUAAAAAUGACGAUAGAACAACCAGCUUUUUUGCUCAACCUGGCAUCUUAGCUGGUAUGUAUUUUGCUGUCAUUGGAGGAGCUGUUGUAGGAUUACUCUGUGCAAUUUUAGUGGUGAUGUUUAUUGUUUAUCGAAUGAGAAAAAAGGAUGAAGGAUCGUACGCUCUGGAUGAGCCAAAAAGGUCUCCCACUGCAAAUACUUAUGCGAAAAGCACACAUAAUCGAGAAUUUUAUGCCUAAAAUGGUUGCAUAUAGAAUUAAAUAUAAAUACAUAAAAUAUAUUAAUUAAAUAUAAACGUUUUCGUUAGAAAAACAACAAAAAUAAAAAAAAAAACUUAUUUACAGUCCUGGAAGAGUACGGGAACCUCGUUCCCGGGAAAUUUACAAAAAUCUUAACGAAAUAUUGAAUUUUUAAGAAAAGAAUGGGGAAAUUUUAUAAUUUGAAAAUUAAAAUUUGUAGAAUUACUAAAAAAAAAUUUAUAAAAUUGACUAAAUUUAGGCUUUUUUUCAUUAUCUUGGAGUAACUAUAAUUUUGGGAAUGAGUUUGGUUCCCGGGAAAAAUUAACUUUUUCCAUGUCUGACAGAAAGUAGUAAAACUGUGAAAUGCUAGCCUGUAAUAUUUUUUAACAUACAAAGAUUAGAGUGAACAAAAAUAGUUUUCGCAUUUUAUAUUUUUGAUUCUUCUUUAUUGAGAAAUUCUGAUUGAAGAAUAAGCAUAAAAAUAUGUAAACAAUCAAAAAUAAUAAUUAUAUUUUUCCACGACGCAUUUUCUAUUUUUAGUCGCUAUGACGCGUAAAUAAAUAGUAGAACAGAUCAACAAAGUGUUGAUCUAUAAGAAAUACUGCAAUAAAUUACUGAGUUAGACCUUUAGUUUGUUACUAUCAACGUGUAAUCAUAGUUUGUAAGUUUUUAGCUAUAAAAGAACAGGUUCGUUCUAAAAUAUAAGCUUUUGAAAAUGUCAGCUUAGAACCUUUCGUCACAGGUGGAAUAUAGAGACAGAAUUGCACAGAAAAUAUCUGGGAUCAGAAUUAUUUUAUAUAAAGUCAAAUCCAAAUUUCAUAAAAAGUUAUAAAAUAUAACAAAAUCAUAUUGUAGCUACAGUUCAAAUUAAAAUAUUAUUCUCCACUAUCCCAGUGCCAUAUUUCUUUAAAAAAGCCACCUCAUUAAACAAUUUAAGUUAUUUAAUGAUUAACGGUAUUCAUUUUUUUUUAAUUUUUAAAAAAUAAUUUUAAAAGCCUAAACUUUUCUUUAAAAAAAUAUAUUUUAAUAUUAUAUAUAUUAAAUACACAACGGAAAAGAAAUUCAAAUUAACUAAUUUAUUAAUCUCUCCACACGUAGAACUCGAACUUCUACCAAAAUCAGAACCAAUGGAUUUUUAUAGCGAAAAAAGCUUUGACAUCUACCUACUUGCAAAUUGUACACUAAUUUUUUUUAUUUUUUAAAAAAAUAUGUAUCUGUAAACACAGAUUUAAAAUUGAAUAAUAGCUAAUAAUUAAUGAACGAAAUAAAUAUAGAAUUCUGUGAACGAAAUUUUAAUUAGAGUUUUGUCCAUUAGAAAUUUGUAAUCAUUGAUAUCUUAUAAUUGAACGAUAUUGAAAUAAACAGUAUACCUAAAACACGUUUUUGCUUAAAGUAGUAUGAUGCAACGUUUUUGUACGUGAAAAUAAAAUGAUGUCAUAAACUUUUUUACUAACUGAUCUAACUUUUCAUCAAUGAUUUCACUUCUUUUCAUUUAUUUUUAAAAAAUCAACAUGACAUUUGAUGUAAUAUGAAAGCAAAAUGUUGUUAACUUAAAUUAUAGUAGAUAAUGAAUGAUUAAGAAUAUUAGAAGUUAUUAAAAAAAUAAAUUAAUAAGGAUUCAUAUAAUUUACUGACUAAAUCUUAAUGUAACUAUAAAAACAUUGAAAAU